AUGCAUCUCACCAGCACCGUUGUCACAGCUCUCCUCCUCGCAUCCUCGACCCUGGCCCAAAGUCAAAGCCAAUGCGUUACCAGUUGCGAGACAUCCAACCUCGAAGUCUCAGCAUGCGAAGGCAAUGAAACGGGCCAGGCACUCGCCGACUGCACCUGCGCGUCGUUCCAGGGCCCGACCGAUCCCAUGCUUGUUUGCAUUAAAUCCUGUCCUGCGGCUGACGUUGCCGCAUUCGCUGCUGGCAUUCCAGAUGAAUGUCGCAGUACACUGUUUCCUAACGUCACUGUUGCGUCUGGCAGUGGCAGUGGCUCGGCGAGUCCAACACAGACGAAGAGCUCGUCUUCAGCUACCACUACCGGUUCGUCUACUGGCUCCAUGACAACUGGCACUGCGGCCACUGUGACUACGACUCAUGCGACUACCACUACUACCGCGGCUGCCUCGUCGUUCACGCACGCUGGAAUUGCUGCUGUGAAUCAGCCAGCGGGAAUGGUUAUGGCUAUGGGUGUUUUGGCGGCAUUUGCGAUUUGA